AUAAAAAUGGAAGGCAAUGGCCAAACUUGGUCACGCGGACACACAGAGUUGAGUACUCCAUGGAACAGCAGCUUCAGCUCGCUUCCAUCUUCGUCUUCAUCUGCUGCCUCCUCUUCCUGCUCGACUGGAUGAACAAAGGAUUCACCAAGUACAAAGGCCGAAAUCCAAAACCUCUGCCCGGCCCAUGGAAUCUGCCGUUCAUCGGCAGCAUGCACCACAUGGUCGGGCAGCUCCCUUUCCGAGCGCUCCGCGAGCUGACCCGCAAGCACGGCCCUCUCAUGCUCGUCAGAAUCGGCCAGGUAGACUAUGCGGUUGCCUCCUCACGUGAAGCCGCCGAGGAGAUCUUGAAGAAACAAGACAUCACCUUCGCUUCCCGACCACAGUUGGUUGCAGCGCAGGUCAUUGUCUAUGGCGCCACCGACAUAGGCUGGACGCCCUACGGCCCCUACUGGAAGCAGCUGCGCCGGAUCUGCUUCAUGGAGCUGCUCGGCACCAAGCGCAUCCGAUCCUUUACCUCCAUCAGGACGGAGGAGACCCUCGACCUGAUGAGAGACAUCUCGAGAUCAGAAACAGAACACAUCGACCUGAGCGAGAAGCUGUUCGGUCUCGCCAACGCCAUCGUCUGCCGAGCGGCGUUUGGCAAACGAUGGGAUCGCCGAGAGAGGUUCGUCACGAUCAUCAAGGAGACGUUCGACCUGCUCGGUGGCUUGUGCUUGGCCGACACGUUUCCGUCGCUCAACUUUCUCGACAUCCUCACGGGUUCCAUGUCGAAGAUGCAGCGCGUACGCCGACAAAUGGAUGACAUCCUGGGCGAGGUAAUCAAAGAGCACGAGGUUAAGGCCGCCACGAGCAACAGUGAGCGUGUCGACGAGGUGGACUUGGUCGACGUGCUGCUGAGGCUCAAAGACGAUCCCAAACUGGAAAUUCCCAUGACGACGGACAACGUAAAGGCCGUGAUCUUGGACAUGUUCAUUGCAGGCACAGAGACCUCAUCGACUGUCGUUGAAUGGGCCAUGUCGGAGCUUAUAAGGAACCCGUCGAUCAUGGAGAGAGCGCAGGAGGAAGUGAGGGAAGCCAUGAAAGGAAAGAACAGAGUCGAAGACAGUGACACAUCCGAGCUGAAGUACAUGAAGUUAAUAAUAAAGGAGACGAUGAGGCUUCACCCACCGGCCCCCUUGUUACAAAGACGAUGCAGGGAGACGUGCGAAGUCAUGGGUUACGAGAUAGAAGCCGGCACUUGUGUGUUCGUCAAUGCAUGGGCAAUCGGUAGAGAUCCACGGCACUGGGACGACGCCGAGACCUUCAAGCCGGAGAGGUUCCAAGGCAGUUCCAUAGGUUUCAAUGGAUUGGAUCUCGAGUACUUGCCGUUCGGAGCUGGCCGAAGGAUAUGCCCGGGGAUCGGGUUCGGCCUCGCCGUUGUGGAACUCGCCUUGGCUAGUCUCCUCUUACACUUCGACUGGAAGCUGCCCGAUGGGAUGAAACCAGAGGAACUCGACAUGCGUGAGACCAGAGGACUAGUCGCAUCAAGGAAAACUGAGCUGAAGUUGAUGGCUACAACACGAAUUCCUCUACCCGCCACAAUCUGAGUCUUGCAGGAAUCAGAUGAAUACUACUUAAAAAUAAAUGUGUGCUCAAAUUAUAUGUGGACUGGUAUAGAUACGUACGGUGGCAUGCAUGAUCUGGCCGUAGUUUGUCUUUCCUUUUGUUGCUGUUCUAUGUAAUACAAUGUACGUUACAUGCGAAUAUACAUAUACUA